CCACAAAAUAACUGAAAAAAAAAUUAUAAUUUUUACAAUUGUAAAGUGAUAAAACCAUCGAUGGUUUUUGUAGUCCUAGAGACUAUGUUAUCGCGUGAUUGGCGCGGCUCGGUCUUAAAAACUAAAAUGUAAACAUUCAUUAUUGAAAUGGCUGAAAAUUCAGGGGAACAGGAAAUAUCUGUGGCAUUCAGUGAGCUACAGAGCAUAGACCAAGAAGACAUUGUAAUCCUUAUCGAUGUUGAAUCGGCGUUAAGGGUCUGCAGCGAAUGCAUAAGGAACAAAAAGGCCAAGACUGCGGACGUACUGGCAUUAUGGCUUAACAAAGUACUCGGGGCAUAUAUUAAUGAAGCGGUAUGCUGUGUCGCUGCAUUCAAGGAAAUGUGCGACUGGUUUCAAACGAUGAAAUCAACUUCAGCGGACAGCAGCGAUCUGAUUUCCGUACUUGCGGAGGCCCUAAAAUUUAUAACAACGUCGAAGGAACAGUUGCUCAAGUCCGGCGAACGUCUAGUAUACGCGGCCGCCUUCUUUCUAUUUUCCAUUGUGCAUGGCUAUCUGGGUGAAAGUGAAAAUAACUCUAAGCGCAAUGUCCUGAAGGAACAUAUUCCAAGUGCCAUCGGCCUUCACUCGGCUGUGCUGUCCCUGCUGAGAGACACCACCGCCAGUGCAAAGAAAGUGAAUCCUCGCAUAACACCCCUGAUCCAACAGAUGAACGAGAUAUCUGGUUUCUUGGGCACUAAGAUCAUCCAUUUGCAGGCAUUUACAAAAACAAGCAAAACCAUGACCUAUAUUUGCCUGCAAUACAUGCGAUAUGUCGAUCGUGGCCAAUGGGAGGCUGGGACCAUGCCUGAUUGGCUCAAGGAAACCGUCUUGCAUCUAGGCGACACGGUUCUCAAUCAAAUGGAGACAAUCCAAAAGGAAGAUACAGUGACUGUGCCCUUGGAAAAGGUGGAAGAGUAUCUGAAGGUAACGCAUACAUAUCUAAUAAUGCUGUACGAACUCUUUAAGACCGAGUUUAAGCAUGUUGACGAAUCUGUGUCGGAAACCCUCAUUGAAUUGCUAAUGAGUGGCGCAAGGACACAUGAUGUGGGUGGGGAUAUUCCAUUACUUGUAUCUAAAUAUAUACGACCGUGCCAGCUAAAACUCUUUGAGUUGGCUUAUCCUUUGGAGGACUUUCAAGAGCGACUUGUUGCUUCACUUAACGACCCGGUGGAUGCAGAACAUGACUUUUUUUAUAUUUGCUUGGAUUUUGUAGCUGCUGUCACGGUGGAAAAUGCCGUUGUAACGCCUCACACCUGUCGAACAUUGCAGAAAAUAUUUGAAUACAUAUUUAAAGAUGCCUCACACUUUGUGAAUGCUGACCAUUACGAACGAGUGAUUGAAUCCUUUGCCAGCCUUAUGUACUUGGCAGACAGCGAGGAACUAAACAACUACUUUUGCACUGGUGUGUUCCAAGAAGAUCCCGUCACAUCACAAGCCUGCACGGAUAUACUUAUGCUCUCGUUUCGGUUGAUGGAGGUAAACACGGAUUGGAACAGAAACACACUAGUCCAGGCCACUAAUUACUGGAAGAAGUGCAACAACGCGUACGCAAUGUUCUCCCAUUACCCGAGUCAGUGGCAUGUGCAGCGCUUCCUGAAGUAUUUCCAUGGCUUGGGCAAACAUGAGCUACCCCCAUUCAGUGCCCAGAAUUUUCGGUAUCUGCAAGCUGUUGCACCUGUAAACAGCAGAUAUGGGGAAAGUCUACUGGAGCGCUUGCAGCUCCUGGGGAGCGGCCCACCAAAUAAAAUAGAGCUGUACUAUGAAGCGGCUGCUCUCAUGGAGCUAUUGGCACAGCAUAGGAAAACGGAUUGUUCCAAGUGGCUUCAACAGACCUAUGAAUUCGUCAAGGAGCUACUUGGGGACGAAAAGUGCGACACAUUCACCAGUGUAUAUUUCAAGCUGGUGGACCAAAUUAGCCCAUCCGCACAGCUGCAAUUAUUACGGGGACUAGCUCCUGUUGUCGGCCACUGCAACUGGCAGGUCCAGAAGUUUCUGCAUACCUGCAAAAGCAGCGAUGAUGCACAGCUGAGGGCGUUCAGCGCACGCCACGCCAUAGAUAAAGAGUGGCUGCCUCUGCUGGAAACAUUGCGGCAGAAACCAUCGCCGGGGCCCACCGCAACAGCGGACAGAAACUGUAAAGUGUUGACUAAAUCAAGCUACAACCGCGAGAUGAAGCACCACUGUAAAGCGCAGGGUCUGAAGCGUAAGCGGAUUGAGAGCACACCCAAGGAAAUCGUAAGGGAACUCUACGACAGUUCGCUGCAGCUGGGCCAGAGUGCAGCCGGCUUGGAUGCUGCGGAUAGAGAGCAGGUGAAGAAAGUCGUCGAUAAGUUGCGUAACAUUCUGAAUGUGGUAGAUUGUUGAUAAGCUUAAAUGAAUAGUCCUCGAACAUUGAUAUCAUUGUUAUACAUUCAGCAUCUGGUGUUCCAUGGUAUUUUCGGUCAUAUGGGAUUCCACAAAGCGCGAGAAUUUGUGGCUUAUAGUACGAAGAUCACGUUCUUGAAGUAGAAUACCUAAUAAAGUGAAUGAAUGGUUCUGUAUGUGCAGCCUGCCAUUGUUACU